AUGGAAUUUACUAAGAAGUUGGACUGUUUGAAAUGUGUUUACAGAGAGUAUCGUAUGUGUAUUGCUGUAGAUGUUUGUGAAACAUACGAAAAAAUACUUGUCAACAUUUGUGUGAUGUUGAUAUUUGGCAGUCUAUUGUAUAUGAUAUUUCUUUUAAUCCCUGGAAACUCAAUAGUACUGUGUCAGUUUUUAUUUAACUGUUUUAAAUACGAAUGA